AUGGCUAAACCAGUGGAUUUGGAACUGAAGAAAGCAUUUAUUGAAUUGCAACUUAAAAUGGUGGAGACCAGCGAAAAAAUUCAGGUCAUAGAUUCUCAAAUCGAUGUGCUAAAGCGAGUCCUGGCACAUGUAGAUAUUACUCAACGAGAGAUCAGUACAUUCCCACCUGAUACUAAAACUUAUGAAUCCGUUGGCAGAAUGUUCCUUCUCACUAAUUUAGAUGAAGUCAAGAGCAACCUGAAGACACGAGAGGCUCAAUUAUCAACCCGCACAUCAGAGUUAGAGAACAGUAAACAGUAUUUAGAGAAAAAUCUCAAAGAGAGUGAAGACAACAUCAGAGAAAUGGUACAACAGAGGAAGGAGCAAAGUGACACUAAAGCUAACUAA